GAAGAAGACGAGGAAGCGGAAGAAGCUUGUAAUGUGUGUCUUGUGCAUUUAGAGUGGAAAGUCUUCAAUACUCAACGUAUUAUUGUUGUCUUUACGUCUCAGCUUGUCUUCAAAGCCAAGUUUGAGUCGCUGGGUUUUGAAUUAUCAUAGCAGCUAGCAUUAGCUUGUUUAGCUAACGCUAUUAAGUUAAAUUAGCUUUAAUUAUAGCUAGCCAGCUGUACCUGCUUUCACUUUCCCGUUUGAAUGUCACUGGGGGGUCUUCACUGCAGCUAGCUAGCUAACUAGCUGGACGGUUAGUUGGGAAAGUAGGUCCUCUCUCCUCCAGGAUGCUCCUCAUCGCCCUGGUAUGCAGCCUGUGUGUGGCUGCCACAGCACAGGGGGAGAAUGACUGGAUAGACCCCUAUGAUAUGCUCAACUACGAUGCAAGCACCAAGUCAAUGAGGAAGCCCGCAGAGCCAGCAAACUAUGACAAUGUGCCAACCAAGAGGAGAGAGUAUAAUCGGGACUCCAACCAGGUGGAGGUGACACCGUGUGGCACACAGGUAGCGGAGCUACAGAGACAGAAUGAAGAACUGAAGAAGAAAAUCACCCUCAUCUCACGACCGUCUACAUGCAGCCCGUUGUUCAAGCGAUUUCUCACCAGACUGCAGAAGGAAAUAGAAAGAGUUGGUUUGCCCAGUGACUCCACGGAGGUCUUAUAUGAUGCCAAAAUCCAGCUGUCCAAACAAGCCAUGACAGAGAUUCGGUCUCUUCUGAAUGGUGAAGAGAGCUUUACAACAGGAGCUCUGGACAAGAUACUGGUGGAUCUCAGACCACAUGACUACGAGGCCUGGAAGUGGCGUUUUGAAGACACCUUUGGCGUGGAGCUGGACACAGUAUUAAAACUAGGGCUGGGUGUUCUGGUCCUAGUGGCCAUCAUAUGCACUCAGCUGUGGUCAAAGGUGUCCUGGUUCGUACAGUUCGGCAGACUGUUUGGGGUCAGCUUCUUCGUCAGUAUUAUCUGGAACUGGAUCUAUCUGUACAAGAUUGCCUUUGCUGAGCAUCAACGCAAACUAGCAAAGAUGAAUGACAGCGAAUAUGAAAAAUGCAUUGGAGUGAGGAAAAUUGACUGGAGUGAUAGUUUGAAAGAGUGGUUGAGAAGCACAUGGACUCUACAAGAUGACCCUUGUAAGAAAUACUAUGACGUCGAUCCCUGGUUGCUGGUGCCUCCAACCAAGGCGUUAGCAGUUACCAUCACAACCUUCAUCACAGAGCCGCUGGAGCACAUCGGAGAGGGGAUCAGCAAGUUCCUUCGAGCCCUUCUCAAAGAUCUUCCCGUUACCCUGCAGAUCCCAGUUCUCAUCACCAUUGUGCUCGCCAUUGUGGUAUGCAUGUAUGGAAGCGUGCAGGCAGCCUUCCAGCAUGGCAUCGCUGCACCUUUCCGCCGCCCUCGAAGGGACCCACCUCCUCCACAGCUAGAGCAACGGCAGCCUCACCUCCAGCAGAUUGAGGACGGUGACGACUUAGCAGGAGGGGAUGGACCGCAACAUGCCCCGAGGCACCGAGCCGAUGAUGCCAGGUUACACAGGAACCAGGUUCAUCGGAGGCGGCCCAACAGACCCAGGGAAGAGCCAGCCAAGGUGGUUGUGGAGACGCUACGCAAUGCCGAGCCUACCUACAGUGAGAACGAGACGGAUGCUGCGCCGCCGCAUGAGGAGGAGCAGAAUCUCUCUGCUGAGUCUGAUUCAGAAAACCAGCAGGAGACACAAGAUGAGGUAGAAGGAGCGAGUGCUAGAAGUGUUCCUGCUAACACAACCCAAACAGAAACUAAACCCACUGAGUCAGAAGUAUCUCCAUCAAAGAUGAAACCUCUGAAAGUGAAUAAAAAACUUUUUAAAGGUGAACUCAGCAGAGACAGUGCAGCACCAAGGUCUCAGCCAGCAGAAGGGCAGCCUUCACAAACUGAAGUCCAGCUGUGCACACGCUCUAAUGGGAUGGUGAAUAUUCACGUGCGACAUAAAUUGGAUCUGCAGGCCUCAGCAGAAGACAGGACCUCCUCUGACUCACUGCUGCCCGUUGAAACUGUCGGAGUUCCUGUUCAGGAGACAUCUCCAACGCCAGCAGAUUAGGCAGUUUCUGCAGAGUCAGAGCUGGAAGAUUAACGUCAUCAGUGUUUUUGUUCACUGUGGAUGUUUAAAUGUGCAUGUACAACAUUUAAAAGGUAACCGAAUUAGGGAACCAGCCCAGUGUUGCCAACUAACUUCAUCUUACUGCAGUGUGGUCAACUGUAUGUGUCACACAGCAGUGCAGGUUUGUGAAUCUGCUCUUAGACAUCACAACUAAAACCAGUAUUAGAUAGGCAGGAAACAGAUGUGUUAGAAACAGCUUUGUUUACGAAAAGGUAUAAAAUGCAGGAUUUUCCUAAAAAAAAUAUGUAGACUCAUUCAAAAGUAAUUCCUCUCAAUCAUCACUCAUGCCCCUUUAGCAGUGUGUGGUGGUGUUUAGGACGUUUUUGGUCGUCACCUUUGGGUAUUGGUGUGUAGCCCCCAGCCAAUAGCGGCACGUGGAUAAAAAUGUAGCAGCCAGCCGCCUCUCUCCUCUGCUCUGUGGAUUUGAGAUGCAUGUCUGUGUGUCUGCUUAAAGGAGGGCGAGGUUUAGCCCCACACACACACACAGAAGCUAAGUGGACAGGGUGAAGCUUGCACUUCAGCUGAAUUCACGCAAAAUUUGUCAAUGUCGCACCUUCCUGCAGGGUUGUGCGAAGGUGCGGCCAUGUUUACAGUAAUUGCGCUUUUCUGAUUCACUGCUUGUUAAUACCGCUACCUCUCUUCAUUCACUUUCUGGUUGACCACCGCUGCUCUCUCCGUCUUGCUGAGUGGAGGAGGAGGAGGGGCAAAGUUUGAAGGCUGUGUUUACAAACAGUAAUCUAUAAAUCCUGCCUAGUAUACCUUUAAUCUGGUGUUUCAGUGUGUCUCACUCAUGGGCAGGUAUCAGGGAACUACAAACUAGGUUUUCCUAGUAUCACUGUAAUGAUGGUAAUGGACUGUUUAAUUACUACAAUGCAGAACUUAUAAUGUGUUUCAAUUUUGAUGUUGAAGUACAAUUUGGAUUUUGUAAUUUAAAGGGGAUGAAAAAUAUUUUUAUGCUUUUUACAAUAAGCUAUUUUUGUGAUUAUUAACUGUACAUAGAGGGCUUGAAAUAGUGAUGCUGAAGCCAUUUUUGCUGAGCAGCAGUGCUACUUUCUUUUUUUUUCUAUUGGACGGGGCAAACUGCUCAUACAGAGCUAACAGGUAAAUCAAGUUGUGCAUCAUAAAAUCAUCAAUAUCAAGUUGACUUAAUUCAAUAAAAAUAUUUUUUAAACAAGGUAUUUUAUUAGUAAUUCAGUAAAGAUAUACAGAAUACUAAUAAACAAACACAGAACCAAGAUGGAUGAAAAACACAACCCCACCCACCCAUCAACACAAGAACAAACAAAGAAAGCCAGACCAGCCAAAGGGAAUCCAAAAGAGAGGAAGCUUCCAUAUUUGCCACAGAAGUUAAAAAUGCCAGGUGGCAAAAAGCAGUUGAUCUUCUGAUAGAAAUUCAGAUUUUCUCCAACUGUAAAUAAUACACAACAUCCUUAAUCCAACGUCUGUAUGCUGCAAUGUCCGCUUAAACUCGAUUUAAUUUAACAUCUAGAGGAGUUACUCCAGAUAUUUCCAUGGACAUAGAUGAGGCAAUCAGCUGUACAAACAAAUUUAAAAGUCACACAAAAGUAUAAAAUGUUGAAAAUCUCUUGUGGCAACCUGUUGGGGAAAAGAAAGACAUUUAAAUCAUUGAUAGUGAAAAAGGAAGAGCCUGAAACUUGACUGUGUUGGUUUACUCUUAUUGCAGGCAGCUGAUGAACCCCCCACACACAACAUGCCCACCACCAAACAGCAGACAGACACUGUUAGCGACUCUCUAGUGAACACGGUGCAUCAUGUAGCAUCUGAAGAGCCAGAUAUUUCCCUCAGGAGAUGGUGAAAAUUAAAAACAGAGAUAAAGUUGAGUAAAUAUUGGAUUUAAAAUAACCAGGUUUCCAGAAACAUGACUACAAAUUAUUGUUAAUGUUGUUGAGAAGGUGAUUAUAUGUAUUCUACAGAUUAUUUUCAAUGUCCCCCAAAUGCCAAAAUAUGUAUAUAUAUAUAUAUGUAAUUGCAGCUUAUUUUCCAGUUUAGUAGCCAAACAUUAUCACAGGUAUGUGACUUUGAAAAACAUGAAUUAUGAAUUUGUUGCUCUGGCCAGUCUGCAGCUACACAGCUAAAAUCAAACAUCCAUACUGACCAUCCAGUGGCAGAAACACUCAUCCAUUAGCACACUCCUAUGAACACAGGAGGGCAGGAGAGGCGCGGUGCUUUAAAGGAGGUUUUGCUGUUUGAUUAGAGGUGUAAUACUGCAUGUUGAACAGCCACAGCCCAAGAGUAUCCACAUAUCUCAUUCCAACAUUGCAACUGUGUUAAGCAUACCAGUAAGACGGUCAAAGACAACUGUUACUGUUUAUUUGGUGCUGCAAUUCACAGCCGUGUGUGUGUGUGCACAGAGUCAGCAAGCAGUGUAAUCCAUGACAGUAGCAAACACCACAUGAGAUCAGGAGAAGGAGAUGAAAUAAAAGCCAUGACUUCAUCUGAAGGUCUAAAUGAGAUAAGUAAUGAAAGUGCUUGUAGAUUCUUUGCUCUUGUUUCUUGACAGCUUUUCAUCCUUCCUUUGAGCAUCAUACUUUCUGUGUCAGAUAUUUUUACUGGACGCAUUUGUGCAAAAAUCUUUAUUCAUGCAGAAUGGGGAACUGCUUUGAUUUUUACUCUAUUUCGCAAAAAUUACAUAACAGAGAAACGGAGAGAGAAAAGGAAGUGAAAGAAAAGGAAAUCAUGCCCAACGGUUGGUAGGCUAGAAAAGUUGAAUCAUUAGAAACAGGGCAAAAUUACACCUGAAUACUAAAUGUUGUCACAUCACAGGCUGCAUCUCUAUUUCUACAGAACCAAGAUUUAGAAAUAUCAGCCCACGCUUCCUUCAGACUGAUGUGUCUCCAAACAGAUGUUGGUCCAAACCCCAUCCGAGGAGUGUUGUUGUUUGUUAGAUUUGACCUGGGAGUGGAUGAUGUCAGGGAUGUUAGUUGCGGCCAGGGCUGCAGCUGCCACUGAGGACACUGAGUUCACUUCCUUUGUAUUUUUAUAGAGUGCGUGCCAAAAUUAAAAACACUUACAGGCUAAUUCCAGUUAAUGUUUAAACAUGAAUACUUUUAUGAUUUAGCCUGUAAAAUAAAGGUGUUCCCUUG